GCGUUGAGUCUGUUUGUCCAGCAGCAGCAGCAGCAGAUCCAUCCUCAAAGCAAUGGGGAAGGUUGCUCUGAGCGGGGCGCAGGCGGGCUACCCUGAGGCAGAGACAGCAGCCCCAGCUUGCAAGCAACGCGCCUCGCGGGCUGCCUGUGUUGCCUCCUCCUGCUCCCAGCUUUGAACCUUUUGUUUUCUCCAGUCGGGGGGCAGCGAGCUGCUGCUGCUAUGUCGGGAAAGUUCCAGGAGGCAUCGGAUCAGGCCAGGCUUUUGCUCUGCCGGGAUCUGCAAGGCGCGGUGUGUGUUCUGAGGCUGCUUGAAAAGGGAAGAUUCUGCUGAACAUCAGUGCAUGCAACCUCACGAAGAGCACCGAAAGAUGACUUAUUCAGACUAUUCCUUAUUCUGUUCAAGGGAUCCUGCCUGGAUUGGCAUAAAUAUUGGCAUGAAAGUUGGAGCUCUGCUGUUUUCAGUUGUGUAAUCCUGAUUUGGUCCAUGGCCAAGGAACAUGAUACUACCCUUACAAGCUGAAAUGCCUUGAGGACCUUGGCUCUGCAUUCAUUCCUCCCGAAGCAAUGGUUUUCUCCGCAAUGUUGACAUCUGCCCACUCUAGGACAUUGAAUGCUACUUUUAUUGUCUAUGAAAACGCCUAUAUGAAUUUUACCACUCCCCAAUUUUUGCUUCAUAGUGGCACAACACAGCCAUUGAAUCACAGUUCAGGGGCCAUGGUCACCACUGAGAUAAGUACUUUACUAGUGAACCCUACAGCUAUCCUCCCAACACAAGAAGUUUUCAAGAGCUUGAGUCUGCCACUCCAGAUCAUUCUUUCUGCUGCUAUGAUAUUUAUACUGUUGGUUUCUUUUCUUGGAAACUUUGUUGUCUGCCUCAUGGUCUACCAGAAAUCUGCCAUGCGAUCUGCAAUUAACAUUCUCUUAGCAAGCCUGGCUUUUGCAGACAUGUUGCUUGCAGUGCUGAACAUGCCUUUUGCUCUGAUAACCAUCAUUACGACGCGAUGGAUUUUUGGAGAUCUCUUUUGCAGAGUCUCUGCCAUGUUUUUCUGGCUGUUUGUCAUAGAGGGAGUGGCCAUCCUACUCAUUAUUAGCAUUGAUAGAUUCCUUAUUAUAGUUCAGAGGCAAGAUAAGCUGAAUCCUUACCGUGCAAAGAUCCUCAUUGCUGUUUCAUGGGCUGCAUCCUUUGUUGUGGCUUUUCCAUUAUCUGUGGGGAACCCAAACCUGCAGAUACCUUCUAGAGCACCUCAGUGUGUUUUUGGCUACACCACUAGUCCUGGCUACCAGGCAUAUGUAAUACUAGUUGUACUAAUUUCUUUUUUUAUUCCAUUCAUGGUGAUGCUAUACUCUUUUAUGGGCAUACUCAAUACCGUACGCCACAAUGCAGUUCGUAUCCACAGCCAUCCCGACAGCAUAUGCCUCAGCCAGGCUAGCAAGCUUGGUCUCAUGAGCCUUCAGAGACCUUUUCAAAUGAACAUUGAUAUGAGCUUUAAAACUCGUGCCUUCACAACCAUAUUGAUUUUGUUCAUUGUUUUCAUAGUCUGUUGGGCGCCCUUCACCACCUACAGCCUUAUUGCCACAUUCAACAGUCACUUUUACCACAAGCACAACUUUUUUGAGAUAAGCACUUGGCUCCUUUGGCUCUGCUACCUCAAGUCUGCACUGAACCCGUUGAUUUACUACUGGAGGAUUAAGAAAUUUCAUGAUGCAUGCUUAGAUUUAAUGCCCAAGUACUUCAAGUUUUUGCCACAGUUUCCUGGUCACACAAGAAGACGCAUUCGGCCAAGUGCCAUCUAUGUGUGUGGGGAGCACCGGUCGGUUGUGUAAAAUUGCAGCUAUUUGACAUGAUGAUUAUUUUCUGGGAUUAUUUGUUUUUAUGUAAUUGUUUUAUUUUAAUAUGGCUCCUUCAACUGCCAUAUCUUAUAACUUGAGUAUGUUUUCCAAUAUCUUGUUCAAUUUUAAGGAAGAACGUGAUUGAUUAGAACUGGGUUUACUGUCAGAAACAUUAUAAACAAAAUUACAAAUAUUACCUCCCAGGAUUCAGUGGAAACCCAGACUAUUUUUUAUUACAUUUCUAAUAUUUUGUCAGUUUUCUGCUUAUUAAGCCUGCAAUUGCAUCUAAUUGUAGGGUUUUUUAUGCUGCUAUGGUACAGUAUAUUUAGUUGGUGUAAUU